AUGCACCUUCUCACCCCCCUCCUCCUCGCCCUCCUCACCCUCUCAGAUCCCACCACCGCCGCCCGCAAAUCCGGCACCAGCGUCCUCCUCUCGCAAGUCAAAUCCCUAACCCUCCGCUCCUCAGCCUCCACCGCGCACCGCCGGGUCCCCGCAAUCCCACAACUAAAAUGCGCCGGCGGCAACGGCUGCAGACACUACAGCAUCGACGUGAUGCGCUGCAAGAACGCGGGGAGCGACUACGACGAUGAGAACAUCCAGUGGACGUGCACGGCUGAUUUGCCGGAGGAAUUUAAGUUGGGGAGCACGGAUGUGAUAUGUGAGGGCUACGACAGUCCGGAGGAUCCCAGGGUGUUGAAGGGGAGUUGUGGUGUCGAGUAUCGGUUGUUGUUGACGAAGAGGGGGGAGGAAGUGUACGGGAGUGGUGGACAUAAUGUUUUUUCCGGCCAGGACGGUGACGUGAGUGGGUUCGCGCAGUUUGUGUUCUGGGCCAUCUUCCUGGGCGUCGCGGCGUGGAUUCUGUAUUCGAUUUGGCAGGACUGGCGUACCACGCGGGUGCUACCGAGGAGGGAGCCUAGACGAGAUGGGUUCUGGGGAGGCGGAUGGGGCGGUGGUGGUGGUGGGGGGGGGGGAGGGGGAGGAGACUAUCCGACCGAUCCACCGCCGCCUUAUCCAGGAACGGGAAAGUCGUCACCGGGGCAAGGAGGAUGGAGGCCGGGGUUCUGGAGCGGUGCUGCGGGUGGAGCGGCGGCGGGGUAUAUGGCUGGGAGUAGAGGGAAUAGGCAGCAAGAGAACAGGGGGGUUGGGGGGUGGUUUGGAGGGGAUAGGCAGCAGGAGCCUCGAGGGGGAGGGGGGUGGAUGGGGGGUGGUGGCAAUGGUUAUAAUUAUGGGGGACCUAGCCGGUCGAGUUCUGGGGGUUCGUCCAGUUCCGGUGCUCGGCAUGAGAGUACGGGGUUUGGAUCGACAUCUCGGAGAUAG